AUGUUCCGAGUUGGAUCCUGGCUGUAUAACCGCAAGCCAGGCGCCAAUGCGUCCACCCAGUCCCUCGACUCGCUGUCUGAGUCACAUGAUCUUGAGCAUGCUCUCAGAGCUGCCACUUUGAUCCUAAAUGAUGAUGUCGAUGGCGCUGAAGCAGGUCUCAGCAAAGGAAACUCGACUUUCCACAAGCUCGGCAAGGGCGUGGUUGGUUUUAUGCGCGCAACGUUAGGGUUCGAGCAGGAAAUUAUGCGUGAAGCAUCCGAUCGGCUCAAUGAUGCUGAAACUAGCGCGUCCAAUGACCAGCACAAGGCCAGCCAUCAUGCGAAUGCUCCAAAUGCUUUUCACUCGCGGAUCUAUGAUCCUGGAACCGAAUUUGCACUUUGCCAAGCGAUGGCUCAGAUCAUGGGCGCCGUGGUUGGUGUGCUCAAUGAGAGUCUCACGGAGAGCAUCAAGGGGUUCUAUAAAAUGAGAAAGGCUUUCAUAAUCCUUGAUGGGAUCCUGAAGAUGGAGGAGAGGUUCCUACAGGGAGAACCAUCUGGGAAAUCCAGGACUGCAGUCGAAACCAGCACGCCGAGCGAGAUGUCAGAUUCGCCAUCACCCACGAGUUCGGUCAAGGGUCACAGCAGACAGAGCCAUGAAUUGCCCCGGCAAUUGUCUCAGCUUAAAAUAGCAGAAGACAAUCUCGCCUCUCCAAGUUCAUCGGAUACUACUACGACAUUAAUACUGACCGAUGCACUCAGCCAAGACCCAGAAUCCGAAGUCUUCAGCAGUUCAAUCGACGCCUUCAUUCAUUCUGGGGCCAAUCUCUGCUUUGGGAUGCUGCUCCUCAUCAUCUCCAUGAUUCCCCCGACCUUCAGCAGAUUACUGGCGAUUAUCGGUUUUCGAGGGGAUAAAGAGAGAGGCUUGCGGAUGCUCUGGCAAGCGAGCAAGUUCCACAGCCUGAUCGGCGCCAUUGCAUCCCUAGGGCUGUUGGGAUACUACAACGGCUUUGUCCGGUACUGUGACAUCAUUCCGGAUGCGACGUCCGAAGACGAAUCUGAUGUCGAAGGAUAUCCCAUGGAGCGGCUUGCGGCUCUCCUGGCCAAAAUGAGGUCCCGAUAUCCAAAGAGCCAGCUAUGGCUGUUGGAAGAAUCCCGGAUGAAGGGAGCCAACCGGAAUCUGGAAGAGGCCUUGGAGUUGCUGACGAAAGGCAGCAAGAGUCCCCUCAAACAGGUUGAGGCCUUGCGGACAUUUGAGAAAAGUAUGAAUGCCAUGUAUCUGCAUAAAUACGAACUGUGUGCUCAGUCGUUUCUUGAGUGUGUUGAAUUGAAUUCUUGGUCACCUUCCCUGUACUAUUAUAUUGCCGGAGCAGCCCAUCUCGUUUUGUAUCGACACAAGUCCGAGAGUGACCCCACAGCUGCGGCCGAACAUGCGAAAAAGGCCACAGAAUACUUCCUCAAGGCGCCUACACUGGCCGGUAAGAAGCGGUUGAUGGCACGGCAAUUGCCGUUCGACGUCUUUGUUUCCCGCAAGGUUGCCAAGUGGGAAGCACGUUCCAAGCAGUGGAAGGUCGACCUGGUCGACGCCGUGGGAGUCGAUCCGAUUGAGGAGAUGAUUUUCUUCUGGAACGGCCAUAGUCGCAUGACCCGAGAGGAGCUGGAGAAGUCCCUGCGCAACCUGGCCUGGUCCGAGAGUAGUGCCAACAAAACCUGGGACAAAGAGAGUGAGGAUGAGAAAGCCAUUCUCGCCGUCCUGCGAGCUGCCGUCCUGCGCGCGUUACGCCGACACCGAGAGGCAAAAGAGAUUCUGCAGACCCAAGUUCUCAAUCUCGACAGGUCUGUGUUUAAAGGCCAUCUCAAAGACGACUGGAUCUGCCCCGUGGCACAUUUCGAAAUGGCCGCCAAUCUCUGGAUGGAACGCCCUUCAUACCUGGCGACGCAUGGCCCUGCCGAUCCCACCUUGAAGCCGACCAUAUCGAGAGGCUCGACAGCUCCAUCAGAGGGCGAGGCGGAGAGAGUGGAACGAGCAAAAGUCCGCGAAUGCGAAGAGCACCUCGACAAGGUGGCCAAGUGGGAAUCCUUCGAGCUCGACACGCGAAUCGGGCUCAAGGUGACGGCGGCCAGGGAGGCGGUUCGGAAAUGGGAGGCAGCGCAUCCCGCUCCAGCUACGGACGUUGCCGUGUCAGCAGCUUAG